AUGACGGUGAAGAAGAGACACAUCAAACGUCAUAUGAUCAGUAACUCCAUAAUCAAGAAUCCAACCAUGAUCCUUUUUAGAAUCAAUAGCAAGGAGAGCCAUAAAGGUGAAUUAAGUGCAGCAAAUUGUGGCAAGGGUAGAAAAAAUAAGGAUGCGGGGUAUGAUAGCAAUAGCGGCAGAAGGGUAGAAAAAAUAAGGCUGCAAGGUACGGCAGCAGCACGGUACAGCGGCAGCGGCAAAGAGAAGACAAUAGGUAAAAGGCAGCAAGAUACGGCUACAAGGCAAGAUGCGGUCGCAAGGCAAGGUGGUAAGGGAUAA